AUGGAAACCAAGUUCGGAGAUUUGGAGCAGCACGAGGUAUCACGUCCGUCGGCGGCGACUUCCCAGCGACCUGGGUACACCGCCAGCACCCCAGGAGAAGCUCGUCUCGACAGAAGCAUCAAUCUGAAGUUGGACUUCAUUGUUUGUCUUCUGCUAGGCGUAGGGUUCAUGUUCCAAGGUAUUGAUAAGGGCAACAUCGGCAAUGCAGCCACAGCACAUACCUUUUUCAAGGAUGCACACAUCCUCGAGACCGACGUCGCCAAUUCAGUCUCGCUUUUCUCAGCGACAUACGUUCCCGCGAUCGGUAUUUCUGUGGUCUUAGGCCGCAUUGUGGGCCCAAGAUGGUGGAUCCCAAUAAUGUUGCUCUCCUGGGGGGCUGUCACGACAGCCCAGUGUGCGCUUAGCAGCCGUGCUAUGCUGUAUAGUCUACGUCUGCUUCUAGGUAUGUGUGAAGCUGGUUAUGUUGCCACGACAUAUUACUAUGUGGGAACUCUAUAUCCUGCAUACAUGUCUGGCUUUCGAAUGGGCUUGAUCUCUACCAGCUUUACUUUCUCAGGAGCCUUCUCCGCGAUAAUAGCAUACGGGAUCUUCCACAUGAAGUCCAAAUCUUGGGCUGAUUGGCAGCUUCUGUUUCUCAUCGAAGGCGCAAUCACACUCGGUAUUGGUGCCGCCUGCCUGGCUGGCCUUCCAACAAAGCUUAGCACAGCAUGGUUCCUCACCAAAGACGAACGCCUCCAUGCAGUACGUCGCAUGGCGCUCGACACUGCCGCAGUGGACAGUGUUCUCAAUGCGAAUUCUGAGGAGAUGGACCACAAGGUUAGCUGGGCAAAUUUCAAAGUUGCAUUUAAGGACUGGCGUAAAAUGCUUAUUGUCCUCUGGACCAUGUGCGCAACAGUUCCCUCGUAUGGGUUUGCCAUAUUUCUACCCUUGAUGGUGAGAGGAAUGGGGUACUCAAGCAUCCGGGCCAAUCUUAUGGCGGCACCGCCUUUCAUCGUUGGCGCAGUGGCACUUAUCACUUGGGUCUGGCUGUCGGACCACUUCCAUGAACGAUCACUCAUUGCAGCCGCUGCAAUGUUUGCCUCGUGCAUAGGAUACAUUGGGCUCAUCGCUAGCCAUAGCAACAAAGUCCGCUAUGGGUUUUUGUUCAUUGUCAUGAUUGGUAGCGGGACUAUUCCUCCGAUCGCAGCAGCGUGGCUUACGGACAAUACGCCAGACAAGGCGACGCGGUCUGUCAUGAUGGGGAUUUUCGGGUGGAAUAACGUGGCAGGAGUCAUUGCCGGCCAGAUAUAUGGUUCCCAGUACGGACCAUCAUACCGAGUAUCUGCAUCUGCCACGUUAGGCAUUGUUUUACUUGGAUGCUUUGGCUUCAUCGGGUCAAGAAUUUUAUACAUGCGAGAGAACAAGAAGCGCAAAGCGGAAAUCGCAAAUUGGAACGAAGAGCGUUUCGAGGAGGAAAAGACAAAUUUCGAGAGGAGAGGCCACGAAAAGGAAUACUUCAUGUUUGGGUAUUGA